AUGCUCUGGAACGCUGUUAUAUUCGGGCCUGAUGAUACCCCAUGGGAUGGAAGUACUUUCAAACUCUCACUGCAGUUUUCAGAAGAUUAUCCAAACAAACCACCAACCGUUCGUCAUUGCUGUGUGAUCCUAAUCCGAAUUCUCCUGUUCAGUGAAAGCAAACGGGAGUGCAACAGAAGAGUAAGCGAGGUUGUGGAACAAAGCUGGACUGCUGACUACGAAGUCGGAAGACUCAGCAUGCAAAACGUAAGGAACCCGUGCGAUAUCGCACGGAAACUCAUUUUAUAA